AUGUCUAAAGAUCAGCAUGACCUUAAACGCGAAUUGAAUGAUUUAAUUAAAAAGCGGGCAGAGAUUGCGGAAACCCUAGAGGCGUUGGAAAAUCAAAUAUAUAAUUUCGAAGGAUCUUAUCUUGAGGAAACAGCGGAAUAUGGAAAUGUUAUAAAAGGUUGGGACCGAUACGCAUUAGCAAUGCCACCAUCAAAAUCCGGAGUGAAACUAGACAAAAAGGGACUAUCACGGAAAGCUGACAAAGAUGCCGAUCGGUUAUUCUCGUACUCUUCCGUGACUUCACCAGCAGCCCUGAAGCAUGCACAGCAACCACCGCCACCGUCUAUAACCUCAUCUGGAGCCCCGCUCACGCCGACAGUCUUGAAAAAUGAUAAUGUAGAAGACGAAGCGACUCGAGAAAUGAGAAGAUCGAAGAAGAGGAAAGCUGAGCCGGAUUAUUAA